CGGUAGUUGUUAAACGGAGCACACUUCAUAUGCUUGGAGACAAUGGCUCGGUACGAACCGAAAAACGUCGCCAGUGUUAGUCGAACUCGAACGGUUUAUCUACGGCUCGGGUAGAUUUCGCUAAAAGUCUACCGGAAAAUUUAUUUCUGCUGCGCGAAAUCAUUAAGACGGGAUUUUCACUUAAAUAUUGGUUGGUGAUGAUAAAACUUCCCAACCACGUGAGAUUGCGGUAACAGAAAUUACAAAACUGGCACGUAGCCGUUACGUAAUGAGUACCUCGAAAGUCUCAAGAAACGGCUAAGCACUAGGCAUCGGCAGAUCACCAAGCUUAGCAACUCCCGGAAAAACUUCCUCUCCUGAUUGGGUUGUUGGUUGGCGCGAAAUGGAAGCAUUUAUCAAUGAAAUGGUUGAGCCCCGGGUGCUGGAUUUGAUUGUCUUGAUUCUGCCCAAGUGGAAGCUGUUGAUUUACAUCUUUAUCAUGAAUGUCGUCAUCUUCUCACCACUGUACUUCUUUAGCAUACUGCUGAUCGACAGGGAUGAGUUGGAGCUGAUGUGUCCCUCGGCCAUGCUGUUCGGCUUCAAUCUGAUCCACCGGGCGCUCUUCGUGCGGCACAAUCUCAACAACACGCGCUCGAUGCUGAUGGGCGUAGGCAUCCUGUGCGUGGGAAUCUCAACCAGCGGUUUGGUCACGCUGAUGGGUGAUGCAUCCAAUGAGCGGGGUGGCACCUAUCAGGUGGUGCUGUUGCUGUAUAGCUUUGUUGGAGGUUACGGCUACCAUCUGGUUUUUUCUAAGAUGUGGAAGGUGCUAGCGAAGAUUUUUAACGCAAAAAAGGAAAUGUUCGUUAUCAAGUUUUUGCACUCAUUCGGCCAAUCGGUUACCCCGAUGUUUCUGCUGGCCACAUUUUACUGUCCUUGGAGAGAGUACUUUCAUGGUGCGCUUCUGCUUUUGUUGGGAGGAGUUCUGUUAAAUCUAAUACCAAUUACCAUACUGAUAGAAAACGAGAAGAAUUUUCUCAAACUCGAUCAAGACUCGUUUGUUAAAAUAACAGAGAAAGGAAAUGAAUCCUUUUACAACGAUGUGGCGAAAAACUAUUCUAACGUAGAUGUUUUCGAGCCAACUCCAACGGUACGAGAUCUACCCGAGAGAGUGCCAAUGAUGCGCUGGAAAAAUCCGAGCAACUUUUGUCGCGAUGAACCGGAACCGCAGGUGCAGAUUGCUCUGGAGGACGAUUUCGACGAUGAUUUGCUUGCGCGAGAUGGCAAAUGUUAUAAUUCGGAGGGCGUAGAAAUUCUUGAAAUGAUCAUCGAAGAAGAUGACGAAAAUAUGGCGGCAUACGAAGCUGCUACAAUUCCGGUAGCACCCGUAAAAGAACCAGACAAAGAGAAGUGGCUCAGUCUGGUUCUCACACACAUGGACAAACUAUACCACGGAAUCAACCUAAGGCAACACUUCAAUCGACACCUUGUGAAGUCGUUCCCUCAAGCAUUUCGGGAAAUUAAAUUCUACAGUUGCCUAUUGUUGAAAUCCAUAGAUCUAUGCGUAUUCAUCCUAUUCCUAACGAUUCUUCCCAAGUUCAUGAGCCAUCAUUACUCGCAUCGAGGAAAACCUCGCCAAAUGCUAUUGCUCUCGCUGGUGAUCAUUUCGUCGGCCUGGGCAAUUGGAUCCAUUCUGCUACUUUGGUGUGAUAUCAAAUUCAGAAAGCAGCAGGACAAGUUGCUUAUCUUCAGUAUCCUUUUCAAGGCGUUCGGGUACUUUUGUGUGUACUCGACCAAAUCGAGCUUCUGGACCGUGUCCGGGUGUGUUUUGAUAGGUGUGGGGCAUGCCAUCGCUUGCUCCUACCAGGAUCUGGUAAUCAAGCGAAAGUUCAACGGUCAUCAGUGGAACCAAAUAAAGAGUGUCCUGUGUCUGGUCAGCGGUCUGGCCGUGGUACUGAUCGCCGGAUUCACCAACCUGGCGUACGUGUACUACCGGAUAGACUAUGUAUUGCUAACACUUUUAUUGCUGUACUGUUUGAGUGGGAGUGUGUGGUUGGCGUGUAAUUAUAGGAUCAUUAUUAGGUAAUUAGAAUAUAAAUAUC